CAACACAGAGCAACGGCGCCCUCCACAGGUCAGUUUUCUUCUAUUUUCAACCGACUGCGAAGAAAUACCUUUUGGGCUUGUCGGGCUUCUGUAGGACGUUCCCUUUCCCCUGUCUCUUUCUCUUCACAGCAUGGACCCUCUCUCCAACUUUAUUUCGGUGUUUCGGUGUUAGUUUUGAUUUGCCUCGGGAUUAAUGGUCUUCAUCUGGACUCCGUAACUCACCAGGACACCAUGUUUACCACCACCGGCUCUCGGGGCCUCUAUAAGGCUCCUCUGUCUAAAGGCCUCCUGCUGGUUCUCAAUGGGCUGACUGUGAUGCUCACUCUGCUGCCACAGUACCAAGACCUGUUUGUAUACAACCUACAGGCUGUCACACAGCAGCACCAGGUGUGGAGGUUGUUGUGUGGUAGGCUGGUCUGUCUAGACGUGAAGGACUCCUUUUGUAGUAGCCUGCUCAUUUACAACUUCCGAAUCUUUGAAAGAAGGUUUGGCACUAGGAAGUUUGCUUCCUUCCUGUUGGGCACGUGGUGUCUGUCCGCACUGAUGGACUUCAUCCUGGCCCAGGCUUUCCAGUUUCUGUUUGAUUAUGAAGUCGAGGAACUGCCUGCGGGACUGCUGGCUCCAGUCUUCUCCCUGUUUGUGCCUUUCUACCUGUCAGUCCCCAGGAUGCCAGUCACCCAGGUCCUGGGCCACAUCCACAUCACCAACAAGUCUCUCGUCUACAUAGUAGGCUUGCAGCUGUUGACUUCCAGCCCCUUCAUGUGGCUUCUUGCACUCAGUGGAUUGAUCUCAGGUGGGCUGUACCACUCCAAUGUUCUCCGGUUACAGAAGCUCCUCUUCAUGCCGGCCUGGGUGUCUCGUAUUGGACGGUAUAUUUUGGAGCCACUCUUCUCAAGCUCCCAGCCAAGCAGUGAGACCCCUCUGGGGAUGGGUGCUACUCUUGACAUCCAGAGGCAGCAGAGGAUGGACCUGCUCGACCAGCAGCUGCUGCUGGCCCAGUACAACGAGGCCAGAAGGAACGCCAGACACCAGCCACAGGCUGGGUUGUUACAGUGGACCAGGUUGUUCCCCUCCCUGAGACACAGAGGACAGAACCGACCCCCAGUACAGCCCCGCCCCCAGGCCCAGACGCACCCAUCCACACAGCCGCCGCUACUGGACAACUCACCAGUCGCAGAGGAGCAGGUCGCACGGUUAGUGGAAAUGGGCUUUUCCAGGAUCGAUGCCCUCGAGGCCCUCAGAGCUUCAAACAAUGACAUCAACAUGGCAACCAACUUCCUCUUGCAACAAUGAGAGAGAGAGAGUGCGAGCUCAGUGAGAAAAACAGAGGUGAAUGAGGACAAGGAGAGAAAGCAGGAAGAGAAGCAACCAAAGCAGAGGAGCAAAAAGCAAAACAGAGAGAAAAUCUUGGAGAGAAUGAAAGAUGGCGAAUGAUGGAGACUAGGAGAGAAGACAAAAGAAAUUUGUACAGAUAAUCCGCUGUGACACGGCUCACCCGAAGCAGUGUUCGGCUGACCCGACCUGAACUGAGCCUGAUAGCAGGCUGAUUAAUGAAGAGGUGUGAAGCACAAAGUCAGAGACAUUUGCGUCAUAGCUUUCUGAUGGUCAUCGUAGUGUGAAACGGGCAUCGUUGCUUAAGGCGGACGAGCUAGACCUCUUAACUUCAAGGGUAUCCCCCGUGAAAAAUAUACAGAAGCCAAACAGGUCAGAGCUUUCCUCACAGUGCACCUUAAACACGUCAGAGUCUUCAGUCCAGAGGAGGAAAGAAAAAGUGGGAGAUUCCUUUAAAACAGAACUGAUGCUGAAGCACACAAAUCAGCUGAAAUCCCCACACACCCUCCACAUGAAUACCAACGUAUAGCUAUCUGAAAUAGUUUUAUAUAACCCACUGUCAUGUACUGCCAUUCUACUUCCAAAAUGACUACUGUGUAACCAGUAUUCUACACCUUGAUAACUGGUUAGAGAUGAUAAUUAUAACAAAAGAUAAAAAACACGCACAAGGUUUUUGAGAUUGGAUCAGAGAACGUUAUGUCGUUGUCAGGUUUUCAUCUCAUAUUGUAUAAGAUGUUUUGUUAAGGAUUUGGACAAAUUUUUAUUUUUCACUGAUACAAUAUGAGUGAACAGGCAUGCAGCACCUGCUAAAAGGUUAUAUUUAAGUCCACGAGGAGCUGCAGAGGUCACGAUUACAACUUGAUGGUUUAUGAUUCCAGAAUCCAGGAACAAUGUAACAUACUUAACCAUGGUUUUAUUACGAAGUUGUUAUUUCUUUACAUUGGCAGUGUUUCAUGGAAGUAGCAGGGCUCAACCCUUUCCUGCUUGAGAUGUUUUAACAAAACAGUUGCCCUGACUGACAGCUACUGCAGGAGCCAAAUUUCUUCGGGGCCGACCGUUUUGGCCCAUUUGUAACUCCGCAAGUACGCUGCCGGUGAUAGACGGGGUGGGGGGGUGUUUGGCAGGAUACGGGCUAGAUGGACUAUCUCAGGGUCUCUGAGGCGACCUCUUCUGUUAAUGACGUUUACAGACAUGAGUGCGCACACACACAAAUGCACAGUAGCCUGUCUAUGAGGUCACAUUUCACACCCUUGGCUGUCUCUCGUCAUUUCAUGCUCUCACACACAUAAUUAUGCACACACUCCUCAAGGUUUUAUUUAUUCUGUCUUAACUGAGUUUGAGUCUUUUCUCUGGCAGCACACACCCAUCUGAAUCUUCGCAAGUCUUAAACGUACAGUGAUAUUUAUUAUGCAAUAUCAUAACAAGAGAAAUUUAUGGAGACUAUGCACUGCAUAGUAAUUACUUUGUGUAUAUAAACAUGCGAACAUUUUGUGCAAGAGAAGUAAUAUUGCAGCCACUAUGUAUUGAUGUCAAAGACAGAUGCUAGUUUUAUAUUUUGUGCAUAAUAAUAUUGAUAAUAUAUGACCACUGAGAUGAGUCUGUCAUUUGUGUGUAUGUGUUUUUGAGAGUGAAAUAAUAGUAUUUGGGUGUGAUGAGGGAGUUGUUGCAUGGACAACUUUCUAACAAACUGUAGUGAAUCAUAUUUGGUCUGUGGAAUAAAUCAACUUGCUGACUAA